AAGGGAAGCCCCCUCCCCGCCUCCCCGUCCGCCAAGCACGCCCGGUACAGCACGGCUGUAUGCGGAUCUCCUUCCAGCCGCCGAAGGGUUAAGGCAGACGUCGGGGAGAAUAACGCGCGCUCACACACACACACACCCCGAGACACCACACCACACCAUAAGCUGGAGGUGUGCAGCCGACAGCCACGCUACGCUACAGCCGGCCUCUGCGCGUUAUGUGUGUGCGCGAAAGCGGGAGACAUAACACAGACAGACAGGCACCGCGGCGAGGGGGGAAUGAGGAGCCGUCAGGGACAGGACGCGAGGAGGUAAACAAACAAUAACCGCACUCCCCCCCCACAACACACACACACACACACACACACAUACACACCCUCCCUCUCUCCCGCCGCCUUCUAUGGUCGCCUCCCCGAUCCCCCGCCUCGUUUCGUUUGCCUGAUCGAAACCCCGAGGAAGGGUGGAUUUUCCUCGGCCGGAGCCCACCCAGCGCCCUCAAGAUGAGAUCGAAGAAAGCUCCCUUCCCGAAUGGGAGAUGGGGUCGGUGCUGGGAGUGAAGAUCCUCGGCCGCCCGCCGGCUGCUACACACACACACACACACACACGCACACCUCUUCUUUUCUCCUGCUCAGCCGAGCUCUGGAUGGCAGAAAAAUCAAAGUCAACUCGCUUAUCCAGAGGGGGACAACAACAACAAAUAAAUAAAUAAAUCGGCGCCGUCUCAAGGAGAAGCAAAUGGGCCAGAAAUGAGGCAUCCCGUGGCUCCUGGAAACAACUAAGAGCAUCGUCCAACUGCAAGAAAUUUGCCAAAGCACAGACAUUUCUUUGUAAACAUCUGCGGUCCUCCAUCUAGGAAUUCCUGAUGGGUCUCGGAGCCAAGUGAUUUCCCUUGGAGGCAAGAGAAAAGGUGAACUUCCCCAGAAGACAUGGAAGUGAAAGGGCAGCUGAUAAACUCAUCCAGCUACAGCUCUUCAGAAGCCUUGCAGCGAGAGCUCUGUCCUCGGAUUCGGCUAGAGCGGGUGCAAGAACUCCUGGAAAAGCAGAAGUCUCUCCAGCAGGUGCUCAGCCUGCGCCUGAAGGAGCUGCGACGGGUUUGCCUGCAGGAAGCGGAAUUGACCGGGAAAUUACCCCCGGAAUAUCCUCUGGAACCCGGAGAAAGGCUGUGGCCAGUGCGGAGGAGAACAAUAGUGGCAUCCCGAAUUGCCCCUGCCUUGAAGAAUGAGGAAAACCCUUCGCUGGAGGAGCUGAGCCAGGACCUGGCCCUGCAGCAGCAAGUGGCUGAGGCUGCCCGACGGCUAGCGGUUGCCCCCGACUUAACAGUUGAUCAGCGCCGCCGCCGCCGGCAGGUCCAGGCAGAUGCUGCUCAGCGCCUGCGGGAGCUGGAGGUGCAAGUAGCAGAAUGCCGGGUGUGGCUGAGCAAAGGACCCCUCCAGAGGGCUGCCCCCGAAGAGGCAUUUCACUCGGAGAGCAGCUCCCUCUCUGAAUCAGCCAGCCAUGAAAAUGACGACCCUCGCAGCUUCCAUCCCUCCAAGGUCUCCAACCACCAGGGAGCUUUCCCAGACAGAUCCUCACCUCCCAAGGCCCGAGAUCACCUACGUGCCAUCUCCAGCAGUCCUGACCGCCGACCAGGCUGGCGAAUUUUGCAGCCAGAUCUGUACAGUGAGGGCAAGGACCGCAGGAACUCUGUUGCCAGCCCAACCAGCCCCAACCGCACCCUCCCCAGAAGUAUGUCCAGCUUUGAGGGCCGGAGCGUCCCAGCUACUCCAGUGUUAGCAAGAAAUGCAUGCAGUGGAACUCACCAAUUAAGGUCAGAGGCCCCAUCUCUCCACUCCCGCCAGUGGUCAGGCAGCCACGAUUCCCAGCUUGGCCCCCCUAGCCGGGACACCAGUGCCGACAGAGCUUCCCUCUUUGCAGCUCGGACCCGUCGAAGCAACAGCUCCGAGGCCUUGAUUGAACGGGCCCCUUCAGAAGACCCCCUACUGCCCACUGCCCCUCCGUUUAAGAGUGCUGAGGCCCUGACCCCUUGCAUCUCUGGCCGGACCCCUCGCCCACCUUACAACGAUCUCCUGUUGGACUAUUACCUAGAACGCCGGAGCUGUGGGGGUGGUGAGCAUUUGUCUCGCAGGGAUGGGCCUCCCCAGCUAGAGUGGGGAGCCUUUUCUGAAAGCCCGCUUCAACGCCGAGCCCGACCCGCUGCCCGCACUAAAUCCUGCGGGCCGCUGCUGCCCCCACAGUCCCGCGAGGUUGGUUAUGGACCCCCCUUACCUCCUCAUCGCAACUUCCACAAAGCGCUUGCUCUGGAAGGGCUCCGGGACUGGUACUUACGCAACGCUGGAGUUACCCAACGAGGGGCACCCGAGAGACGAGGCCCAUCUCAGUCUGUCCAUCAACACCUGCGUGGCUACUGUGAUCCGGGACCCUCCAACCCCGAUGUGGGAUAUUAUGGGGGGCCAGGAGGUGGACUGCCUCACUCUGUGAGCUAUGCGGGGCAGCCACUCUAUGGCAGACCUUUUGCGGACCUGCUUUAUCUGGAAGAUUCUUCUGGCCCUUACAGCUUGGAUUCCACAGAGCAUCCAACCCCAGGGACAUUGGUUUGAUUCCCCCCUCCCUUCCCCCUUUUCCCCAAGGGGAUCUCUAAUCUGGAGUGCUGAUUCUUUUUGUUUUCCUGUUUUUCCUGCGCUGGUGCCUCUCUUUUUUGCGUCUGAUGCACCAUUGUGGGGAUGGGGGGGCUCCCUGCUGGCAGGGUAGGUCUCCAUAUGUGAGGGUGGGUUGUUGCAUGUCACACUGGACACAGGAUGGGGGGGAGGGAGGAGUGUGUCCAUAGUUCUUCCUACAAUUGUUAACCUCCCCCAUUUCAGACUUUGUGGGGUGGGCGGGGUAUCUGUGUUUACUGUACUACUUCUCCAUAAAAGGGUUUUUCUGCUGUGGGUGGCGCCCUCUUGUGUUCACUGGAAAACAGUGCACUGUUACUGCCAUGGUGCUCCGUGUUGGGCUGUAGCAUUUAUAAACCCUGGACCCUGGAAUGUAUAAAUGGAGAGGUUUGUGCAAUGUGUGUUUCUUGUGAAAUGUUAUAUAGCACAGACCUGUCAUCUUGCUAAUGAACAUCAGUCCUGUAAAAAGUAGAGAGAAAAAAAAGAGAGAUCUAUACCACUCCUGUUGCCCCCACUGUGAAAAACUUAGUUUACCCUUCAAUGUAUUGUCCCUUCCUACUCGUAUCUCGCUCUUGCAAAGCCCUGAGUGAGGAUAAAAUGCGUAGGGGUUUGGGAAAUGUUUGCAGGAUCCCUUGGAUGAACCUAUUUCAUGGCCCUGACCUUUCUCCUAGCAGGGGAACUCCACCAUAGUGCUGGAUAUAGGAAUGCAGUGAUUGGCUCCACCCAUUCAGUUCAGUUAUUACCUCUCACAGGGGGAGGGGGCAGGAAAUCCCACCUGAAAGCAUAACACAGUCUGAUCCAUUGGGUGGGCUAUGGGAAAGGCCGGUUGGUUCCACAUGGCCUUUCCCAAAACUGCUGUGGGCGUACGUGCAUGUAUCAAAACCCUUCUCACUGGGAAUAGGUUGCACCAACUGUAACGGGCAAUGCAACCCUUCAUUUUUCAGAAAAAUACGGCUGCGCACAUCCUUUUCUGCCCGCUAAGCUGGACUGGUUAUUUUCUCCUGUAUCCUUCAUUUGACGUGCUUCCUGCCUUCUCCCCCAAUUAUUUCAAAACUGGAAGGAACAUCUUGCCUUUUCUCCUUUCGCUGUAAUAAUAACCAUUAUCAUCCUCAUAAUAAUUGUAAAAUGUGUGAUGGUUUUCCCCUGCUCUCAACAAUUGCACAUAAAAGGAAAAGUCACUUUGUUUAAACUCUGUGCCAAUGGAAUCCAGGUCAUUCUGGAGCAGAGGGAAGGAGGGAGGUUGAGAGAACCCAAGGGAGGCUCCAGUUUUCUCCCCCUCCCGUUCCUGGCUGAAGGAACAAGGGCCAUAUUGGAGUCACUGUCUUGUGUGUCCUUUUAAUAUACACUGAUGUAUAGAUUAUAUAUGGGGAUCUAAAUGUAAAACUGAGCACUGUGCAUAAGGGAGAGAAGGUUUCUAUAAUAAAGAUUGUAAACGAG